ACACUUCCUUGCAGGAAUCAUUCCUUUUAUUUUCCUCUUCAUAACAAAUUGAUCGAUGAAUGAGGUUACGACACCUCUUUUGAAAUCUCUAUCAAGAUAUCUAUACCUAAAGGAGUGACCUUGAAGAUAUUGAAUAUAGUGAUGCUCGACAAAUAUAUAGGUAACAUGCACCCCUACGUCGUGACGUUACUGGAUGUCCUCUACACUGUCUUCAUUACACCUCUAACGGCGGGAAAUGUCAUCCAAUCAGACGAAAACAACGGAAGCAACACUCGUAAGACCGACGGCAGUUUGUCCUCCAUGGUAACCAUCGCCUGCCUGACGGCGAUCACGUUUGUCGUCAUUGGUAUCUACGCUAAAAGUGAGGACCCUGGAAAAUUGACCAUAGCAAUCACGACCAUGACAUUUGUGUUGACUGCCAUGGCUUUGUUUGCCAUCGUUCUGAUUGCAGUUCUUGCCUUUCGCAAAAGACACGAAUGGUUCAUUGCAGCCGACAUCAAGGACGAUGCAGCAGAAAAAUUCAAAGGGAAGUUUCUAUGGCUCUUUAGUCUUGGUAUAAUUAUGAAAAACGCCCUUUCAUUAGCCAUAAACAUUGACUGUUUUAACAAAGAAGCUGGGAAAAACAUUGUAACGGCCUUCAUGGUUGUCCAUAUUGUUUCUAUAUUAUACUUUUGCAUUCAAACCGGUUUCAUCAGUUAUUUCAAAGACUAUAGAUUUAGGAGCUCGGUGCGAAUUAAUUAUGGUAUUCUUAUUGUAUUACUGGCCAAUUUGACAUUGUGGUUCACUAGCAUCGUCCUAAAUGAAGACUCAGUACCCAAUACAAAUCUUACCCAUGCUUAUGGUAUCACAGGGGAAAUGAUAUGUUUUUACAACUCUUCAAUUUACAACUUACGUCAUCAGAGCCUGAAAGUUUUAAACCCGUGUCAAAUAGAGUACGCCUUACUUGCCACGAGCUUCAUGCUGUCACUAUGGCCUUCAGUGAAAAAGGAAAUCCAUGAUACACAGGACUCGGUUAAUCUGGUCAACAUCGAAGAGAGUUGUGACGAAUACACUCCUUUGCUUCGACGACGAAAAAAUCGAACAACCGACCCAACAGAUAUUCGCGCGGAUGAGCCAAGGCACCGCAGCCCUAUUCCUUUUUUUCUCGCCAUUUUAUUUGGCCUUAUUUUAAAUCUUCCAGUGAUAAUAGCCACCGUUUUAACAUUUUUUGGAAUCGAUUCUGAAGGUUUUGGAUAUUUUCGAGAUGCCUCAAUGGCGAGCUAUAAAUUGGCAAUGUUGAUUAUGGUUUUCAUUCUUUUCUUCCAUUUGGCCAAAUACGGAAAGUCGAACAAUAUUAAAAGAAAACUUUCGUCAACCGAAUAUAUUUUAGUGUUUGCAAACGCUGGAACGAUCGCAGUUUGCACAUUCGAAUUUAUCAUGAGUUUAAACAAUCACAGAUACAUUUUGAUGUCAGAGAAAAUACUUGAUAUCAUUCUGACUUUCUUACAGACCACUCUGAUAAUGCAUUCCACUCGCGUUACCAUCAAAGAGACACUGGACAGCGUCAUUGCUGCAGAGUACGUCUGUUUAUUGUUGUCCAUUUGUAACAUCGUCCUUUGGGUGGGAGAUAGUUUCAACAAUAUGGAGAAUAGUGUCACCUCCUUACAAAACAGCAAUAACAGCAAGACCAACAAAGUGAUGAAGUAUGUCAUUUUCCCCAUCCUCGUGUUCUAUCGAUUCCAUGCCUCCAUCGACUUGUUUGGACUCUUCUCCAGAAUGCGAAAGAAUUGAUUUACAACAAAAUAUAUAUAUGCAUAGUGUUUAUUUACCUUUUCGACUUAAGAAACCUUCUUUGUGUUAAUACGCCAAAAUAAAAAAAAAUGUAGUGUUGUAUGGUUCAGUUCUAUUAAUAGUCCGAAGACAAAAAACAUAUGGUAGUCAGUAGAUGAUUUUAAAGAUAUAUAAUGUUGUGCUGUUUGCAUUAAGGCGUCUUUGAUAAGUGAAAAAAACGUAUGUAUGUCAUGUUUUGACUUCCACUCAACAAAAGAGGUACAACUACUAUUAUCAAUAUUUUAAGUUGCUAAUGGACGUCAAUUUAUUAUGUAUUUCAUUAUAUCAAGUUCUGUAACAACUGGAUUAAGACACUUACACACAGUAAAUAAAAUAUAAUAUUAAUACAACAUAUUGCUUGAUUUGUCAAUGCGGCUUUCAGAAUGUGUUUCAAUUGAAUGUAUCACCAGAUUUGGUAACGUGGUAAGCAAUAAGCAAUAAAAUUAACAAUACGUUAUUUCAACAAUUACACCAAUAUUUCCCCCUGAAACGGUUUUUUUAAUACCUUUAGAUAUAUUUUAACAAUGUCGAUGUAAGGUAGUUAACAAUGUAGUAUUCAUCGUUGAAAUUAUAAAUGGGCACCAAUUAAUAAUUAGGUACGUUGUAUAUAAAUACUCUGAGACUUACUCUUGCAAGGAAUAUCAGCAUGAUCCUUAAUUAAAAUGAUUAAAUAUCAUAAUUUUAUAUUUUUCAUGGUCAGAGAAAUGGUAAUGUUAAUA